UCAUGUUCACACUGCUCAGCCAUUUUUCAAUCGAGUCAUUCAAAAAAUGAUGUGUAAUUUGUAUUUUUCAGUCAAUCAGUCAGCAAUAUGGCGUUAAUGUUGUCGUUUGUGUCCGUCGCGGUUUCGAUACUGUAUACGCCGGUUCUGCUUCUAGUAAUAUGUGUGAUAUUCUUGGCUUCCAUCGGAAAGUCCUUGGGUGUUAGAAGACUGUACGUGAACAUUCUGCUGAAAUUAUUUGAGUAUGGCAGACAGCACAUCGAGGUGGCGAAGAAGCUGCAGCGAAACGACAGCUCGGACGAGGACGAGCCGCCGCCGGACAAGCCACCCUCCGCCAUUGUCAAGGAGAACGGCACCAAUGGCACCAAGAACAGCGUGAUAGAGCGUCAAGAGAUCCUGGGCCCGACGCCGGAGCUCAACUACAAGCGCAGCACCAGCCAGGAGCGCCUGCCGCACACCCACAGGGGGGACAAUGGCAAGAACGAGCACAACCUGGAGUUCCACCUGCACCACUGCAUGGACCUGGUGAAGGCGGGCAUGGAGAGCAUCAUAGAGGACCAGGUCACCUCCGUGUUCGAGGCCGAGGAGCUGCGCAGCUGGAACCUGCUCACCAGGACUAAUAGGCAGUACGAGUUCCUGACAUGGCGGUUGACGAUAAUCUGGAUGAUGGGGUUCGUGGUGCGAUACUUCUUCCUGCUGCCGCUCCGGUUACUCGUCUUCGUCAUCGGGGUUCUAAUGAUGGUAGUGGUAAUGUCGAUGAUCGGUCUGCUGCCGCCGGGGCGCGUGCGGCGCUGGCUCGGCGCCCUCGCAUACAAGAUGUCCUUCCGCACCAUCAUGAGGAGCAUCUCGUGCGUCGCCAACUUCCACCAGACGGAGUACAUGCCGGCCGCCAACGGGUUCUGCGUCGCCAACCACACCAGCCCCAUCGACGUCGGCAUACUGAGCGCCAACAUCUGUUUCUCCCUGGUGUGGUGGCUGGUGGUGGGCACGGCGGCGGUGGGGUGCCUGCCGGACGGCGCGCGCAAGCGGCGGCUGGUGACGGCGGUGUCGCUGGCGUGCUUCAACUUCCUGUCGCGGUCCAUCUCGGCGGUGAUCACGUACCACGGCGAGCAGUACCGCCCCGAGUCCGGCAUCUGCGUCGCCAACCACACCAGCCCCAUCGACGCGCUCGUGCUCAUGUGCGACAGGUGCUACUCGCUGAUCGGCCAACGACACGAUGGUUUCCUGGGGCUGCUGCAGCGGGCGCUGGCUAGGGCUUCGCCCCACAUCUGGUUCGAGAGGUCCGAGGUGAAGGACAGACAUGCUGUCGCUAGGAGGCUGAAGGAGCACAUCAGCGUGCCGGACAACCCGCCGAUCCUGAUCUUCCCGGAGGGCACGUGCAUCAACAACACCUCCGUCAUGCAGUUCAAGAAGGGCAGCUUCGAGGUCGGCGGCACCAUCUACCCCGUCGCCAUCAAGUACGACGCGCGCUUCGGCGACGCGUUCUGGAACAGCUCGCGGUACGGCAUGCUGCACUACCUGUUCAACAUGAUGAGCUCGUGGGCGAUCGUGUGCGACGUGUGGUACCUGCCCGCCAUGACGCGCGCGCCGCACGAGUCCGCCAUCGACUUCGCCAACCGCGUCAAGGCCGCCAUCGCGCGCCGCGGCGGUCUCGUCGAUCUUAUGUGGGACGGACAAUUAAAACGAAUGAAGGCGAAGACGGAGUGGCGGCAGCUGCAGCAGGAGGAGUUCAGCAAGAGAUUAAAAGGAGAGUAAAGUGCUGCGUGUGUGUGUGUGUGUGUGUGAGUGGCGCACACAACAGACUUGUACAGUGAGAAGUCAAAACAUUGUCGAUAGUGGGGGGAUUCAGCUCGGGAACAUUAUCAACAGUGAAUACCUGUUGUGCUUAGCAACAAUUUUAACAGUGAAUAUGUGUUAAUGCUUGGCAAUUUUGUCAACUGUGAAUAUUUGUUGAUGCUCAGCAACAUUGUCAACGGCGAGUGUGUUGUUAAUGCGGGACAUUUUCAACUGUGAGGGACGUUUUAAUGCUAGUGUUGGGCUCGUGGUCAGACUUCUGCGAGGUUUGCCAACGAGAAUGUUACCGUUCCGAUAUUUUAAUUAUUUAUUACCGUGUUAAUAAUUGGCUAUAUUAAAUAGGUAAAUAAUUAACGAAA